CAAUUCAAGAGGACAAAUUUCGCUAUACCACAGGUUUCCCCAACUACCAUACAAGACUAGGUGAACUUACAUUCGCAUCGUUUCGUUAAUGAGAACAAGCUAAUAGAACCUUCAUGUUUGUUUAAUAAAAGCUAAGCUGGGAUUAUGGAACAUCAGACGGCAUCUUGCGCCUAUACAAAACUAGAACUUGUAGGCCGUGGUUCAUACGGUGCUGUAUACAAAGGUCUUCGAAAUGCUACAAAAGAGAUUGUAGCAAUUAAAGUCUUGAAUCUGGACACAGCAGAAGACGAAGUAUCAGAUAUCCAAAAAGAAAUUACUGUUUUAAGUGAAUUAAAGCAACGUGAAUCUGAAAAUAUCGUUAAAUACCAUGGAUCAUACUUGGUAGGUACAAAUUUAUGGAUCAUUAUGGACUAUUGCCAGGGCGGCAGUGUUCGUACUUUAAUGGAAGCUGGUCAAUUAAGUGAGCCUUAUAUUUCUAUUAUCCUUCGUGAAACUUUACAGGCCUUAAAAUUCAUUCAUCAUGCUGGUAUUAUUCACCGUGAUAUAAAAGCAGCUAACAUUCUUGUUUCUGUGUCUGGUAAUGUCAAGCUUUGCGAUUUUGGUGUCGCUGCAGAAAUCAAUAUUAAUCGAAGGAAGCGAACAACUUUUAUUGGCACUCCCUAUUGGAUGGCUCCUGAAGUUAUUCGUGAUGGACAAGAAUACAAUGUCAUGGCUGAUAUAUGGUCUUUAGGAAUUACGGCUUACGAAAUCGCGACUGGUUCUCCUCCUCAUGCCAAAGAAGACCCAUUUCGUGCAGUUUUCCUUAUUGCGCAUACUCCCCCACCAAAGCUCGAAGGAAACUAUAGCAGCUUAUUAAAGGAAUUUAUUGCUUUUUGUUUACAUGUUAUUCCGAAUAAGCGUUUGGAUGCCUCUGAACUUUUAAAAUCAAAGUUUAUCAAGCAAUACGCACGGCUACCUGGAAAUGAGCUGUACAAUCUGAUAAAACGUUAUGAAAAUUGGCAAGCGGCUGGCGGUGUUCCGGAUACUUUAAUGAAUCCACACGAGCCUGAAAAUGGCAGCGACCAAGAUAAUGAUACUUCUGAAACAAUGUUGGAUGAUGAUUGGGAGUUUGGAACAGUCAAAAAAACACAUCAACAACGUUCCUCCUCGUCUUCAGGGUCUGAAACCCCAACUUCCAAGCCGACCUCGUCUACAGCUGUAUCUGCCACAGAAAACGAGUCUCAUCCUCUUAUGCAGCUUUUUCAAAAUAGCUCUAUGCCGAAUGAAGAUCCCUCUAACAUUGGCCGAGGUAUUGCAAACCAAGAAUCGAAUAUUAAACCUUCAUACUCUCAGAUUGAACUGCCAAGUUUUGACAAGGAAGAUGAAUGUUUGAAAAACAAACCAACUGUUAAUCCGAAACAAUCGAGAUCUCCAGAAGAAUCAGAAUUGGUUGUCAAUCGGAGCAGAGGAAAUGCUAUGAAUUCUAUAGACCAGAAUGUGAAGCGUCCAUUACCACGCGUGGUGCAAAGACAAAUGAAUAUGGGCAAAAGAGGCAUAUCCAUGUCUCCUAUGAAAGGCCCUCUUCGAUUUCCAUCCUCACUAGAUCCCCAGUCUAGGAGUGUUUCCAUGGGUGCCUUUGAACACUUGAACACUUCAGCAGAUACCAGCGCCCAUAAAACGCACUCCUUUUUACCCCCAAUAGAUGUUGCUAGAUCAUCUAAUAACCAACCUUCAAAAGCUACUUCUCCGACAAUUCCCAAACACCCUAUCAAUUCACCCACUGUAAAGCCUUUUAACUCGAAAUUACGAGCACGUUUACCCCCAUUAUCUAUUAAUCCUCUUCAAUCGAACACAGCUUUAAAUGAAAAUAAUGAACCCCCAGCUGUUAAGCCAUUACCAUUGGAAUUAUUUGAUGAUAGUUCUUAUAACAUGCAUACUAUGAAGUCCUCUAUAAAAUUGGAAUUAGACAAUCUCUUGACAGAAAUGGACAUCUACUUGAAAGGAUUGGAAAUGAGCCUCGCCAAAGAAAAAGAUUUUUAAUGACUUAUUACGAGUUUGUUUUAUCGUUAUUGUUUUUCUUUAUUAUUUAUUUAAGUCUCUGAAGUAUAAAUACCAUCUUCAGUGAGUUGCGUGUUGCUCAGAGAAUUUUUGAUUUAAUUUUACUACCGUCAAAUUAACAAUAAAAAUCCUAAUUGAUAAUCCAUAAAAAUUUCAUUAAUAAACGACUUUGAGGUUUGUAUUUAGUCGUCUAAUAGACUAAAAGACCGUGCCAGUAAAUUGUCAGAACCUCUUUUUGUUGAUUG